UCACAGUAGAGCUCAACACCUUUUUUCUGAAGUUCUGUUUGUGGAUUCCUCCUCGAAACCCCGUUAUUGUGUAUAGGUUGAUAUUGUGGUGGCUAAUAGCAAUUCCUACAAUCCGCGAGUACAACUCAUAUCUUCAAGACAGAAAACCAACGAAAAAAGUCGACGCAUUCUGUUGGCUUUCCUUAGCUAUUUGCAUAGUAGAGCUUCUCAUUUGCAUCAAGUUUGGACAUGGAAAGAGGAAUCAACAUGCUUUUUGUGCUGGGUGGGAACGGAACUCAUGCUGGGGCAAAUAUAAUUCACAAAGAGUGUUGUAGAAGAGGGGUAAAGGUGGCUGUUGUUGGGGUCCCCAAAACUAUAGACAAUGAUAUUUUGCUGAUGGACAAAAAUUUUGGGUUUGACAUUGCUGUUGAGGAAGCACAGCGAGCCAUUAAUUCAGCUUACAUCGAGGCACAUAGUGCAUACCAUGGUAUAGGAAUUGUAAAGUUGAUGGGUCGUAGGAGUGGAGUUAUUGCUAUGCAUGCAUCCCUGGCUAGUGGACAAAUCGAUAUAUGCUUGAUACCAGAGGUACCUUUCCAUUUACAUGGUCCUCAUGGUGUUUUGCGGCAUCUGAAAUACCUCAUUGAGACAAAAGGAUCAGCAGUGGUCUGUGUUGCUGAGGGAGCAGGGCAGAAACUGUGAAGCUAUAUGAAACAGUUGGAAUGGGAAAUGGAGAGAACGAGCCAAAGCAAGAGUGGGAGUUGGAGGAUGUUAUAGCAGACAAUACUCUCUAAGUUUCUUGUUAUAGUAACUUUUCAAUAUGUUGAAUAUUUAAGAAUACUUGAAAACUUAAAGAACAUUUUGUUGUUGAUGACAGUGUUGAAUAUUUUAAACUAAUUUGUGGAUUGUUAAUACAAUGUUGAAUGUUUUUACUUUUUGUUAUUUGAAAAUCAAGUUUAUUUGA